GGCGCCCCGCGUGGGCUGCGGGAGCGGCGGCGUGAUGGCGGCGGCGGCGCCGGAGGCCUGGCCCGAGCUGGAGCUGGCCGAGCGGGAGCGGCGGCGGGAGCUGCUGCUGACCGGGCCCGGGCUGGAGCAGCGGGUGCGCGCGGCGGGCGGGCGGCUGCCGCCGCGGCUCUUCACGCUGCCGCUGCUGCACUACCUGGAGGUGAGCGGCUGCGGGAGCCUGCGGGAGCCGGGGCCGGGCCUGGCGCAGGGCCUCCCGCAGCUGCACAGCCUCGUGCUGCGGCGCAACGCGCUGGGGCCCGGCCUGAGCCCGGAGCUCGGCCCGCUGCCCGCGCUGCGCGUGCUCGACCUGUCGGGCAACGCGCUGGAGGCGCUGCCGCCGGGCCAGGGCCUGGGCCCCGCCGAGCCGCCGGGCCUCCCGCAGCUGCAGAGCCUCAACCUCAGCGGCAACCGGCUGCGCGAGCUGCCCGCCGACCUGGCGCUCUGCGCCCCGCGCCUGCAGACGCUCAACCUCACCGGCAACUGCCUGGACUCCUUCCCCGCCGCGCUCUUCCGCCCCGGCGCGCUGCCACUGCUCAGCGAACUGGCGGCCGCCGACAACCGCCUCCGGGAGCUCAGCCCCGACAUCUCCCACCUGGCCUCACUCAAGACGCUGGACCUGUCCAACAACCAGCUGAGCGAGAUCCCAGCGGAGCUGGCCGACUGCCCCAAGCUCAAGGAGAUCAACUUCCGAGGGAACAGGCUAAGGGACAAGCGCCUGGAGAAGAUGGUCAGUGGCUGCCAGACCAGGUCCAUCCUGGAGUACCUGCGUGCUGGGGGCCGCGGGGGCGGCCGCGGCAGGGGCAGGGCAGAGGGCGCGGACAAGGAGGAGGGCCGGAGGAAGAGGAGGGAGCGGAGGAAGCAAGAGAGCAGCGAGGGCGAGGAGGCGGCGGUGGACGAGGCCAGCCGGCUGCUGCUCAGGGUCCUGCACGUGUCCGAGAACCCGGCCCCACUGAUGGUCAGGGUGAGCCCCGAGGUCAAGGACGUCCGGCCAUUCAUCGUGGGCGCCGUAGUGCGGGGCAUGGACCUGCGGCCCGGGAACGCGCUCAAGCAGUUCCUUUCCUCCCAGACAAAGCUCCACGAGGACCUUUGUGAGAAGAGGACAGCGGCCACCAUCGCAACCCACGACCUCAGAGCGGUGCGGGGGCCCCUGCUGUACGCUGCCCGCCCGCCGCAGGACCUCAAGAUCAUCCCCUUGGGGCGCAGAGAAGUCAAGGCCAAGGACCUGGUGCGGCAGCUGCAGCUGGAGGCGGAGGAGCACAGGAAGCAGAAGAAGAGGCAGAACGUGUCAGGCCUGCACAGGUACCUGCACUUGCUGGACGGGAAAGAAAACUACCCGUGCCUCGUGGACGCCGAGGGCGACGUGAUCUCCUUCCCGCCGAUAACAAACAGCGAGAAGACCAAGAUUAAGAAAACCACAUGUGACCUGUUUCUGGAAGUGACCAGCGCCACCAGUCUGCAGAUCUGCAAGGACAUCAUGGACACCCUCAUCCUGAAAAUGGCAGAAAUCAACAAAUACACUUCAGAAAACAAGGAGGAGGGCUCCCUCUCCGACCCUGAAGCUGAUGCAGUUUCUGGGCAACUUUCGGGUCCCAGGGCGACUCCUGGCGCGGAAAGUGACGGGUCCCCGCCGCUGGUGGUGGAGCAGGUUCGGGUGGUGGACGAGGAGGGGCACCUGAAGGUGGUAUACCCGUCCAAGACGGACCUGGACAUCGCGGCCCACGUGACCGUGAUCCGCUGACAGCCGGAGCCGUGCUGCUGGCCCUGCCGGAGUCCGCCCCGUGACGCUCAGUUAUUCGUUCCCCUCGGGGCUCUUAAGACACAUGCAUUCUUUGUUCAGUUUUCCAGACGGCUCUGUUGGAAAGGGAGGCCAUGUGGCCGUGAGCUGAAAGGGCGUCGCCUCUGCAGCGCCAGCCUGACUUCACUGAGACUGGGUGUGAAGUUACUCGAAUGUGGGAGCGAACUGUUCAGGAAGUCCUGAAAUCAUGUCAGCGCACAGCCAGCACCUGCACUCACAGCGAAGAGGGCGCUGUCGCUGGCUGGAGUGUUCAGCUGGGUGAGGAGCGAGACGCCCCGCCUUUUACUGACUAGCAGCUGUUUUACUACGACCCCGGGUCUCACAGCCAGACUGUGCCCACAGCGCGGCCUGGACGCGUGGGGCAUCACAUUCUCCAGCUGCUGCAAAUCAUAAUCUUUUUAAAAAACUUCUUCCUGUGACCCUGGAACUGGCAGAGUCUCCUCCUCAGAACUGCUGCUGGCCAUGUCGGGGAUGGAGAUGCCCAGCAUCCGCGAGCAACAGCGGGCCCACCUCCUGCGCUGGACCGGGCUCCAUGCUUGGAAAGUCGGCCCCGCGGAGAUGAGGUGUGACACCCACGUCUCCAGGUCCGUGUACAGGUUUCCCAUCCACGCCCAGACGGGACAGUUCCCUUUGUAAACUGUCUGCCAUCGACAGCCCACUGGAGGACGGGGCAGCAGUGACUGGAGAAGGUCACAGAGCCCAGACAUGCAUGAGGCUGAGACCCCGCUCGCCGGGCCUGCUGCUCGGCCGCAGUUUCCCCAGAGCCGAGCCACCCUACCUGGAAGGAUGAGCCACAGCUGCCCAGUCACCCAGCCCAGCUCCCCGGUCACCACCAGGACGGCUCACCCCCAGUCCCGGGGGUGGCCGUGCUCGGCUGGGCCAACGUGGGUGCCAGGUGAGAGUAUCUCCCCCAAAUCUGCCAGGCACCUGCGGAUCGGUGGCUCUGCCUUGUCACUUCCUGACCCUCAGGCUGCCAAAGCCACAGAUGCCAUGGCUGGCGCGGGCGUGGGCAUCUCGGCUAAGCCCUCCUGGGGGGGUGUGCCACAGCCGAGCUGCCCUCUUGGCUCUGAGACCACAGCCUCAGUGGCCACGUGGCGUGUGGCCCAGGGUCUCCUUGAUGGAAGUGAAGCCCCAGCGCCUGCUGCCCUUUUCUGAUGCAGCUGGAGUCCACCUGAGGUCUGGAAACGCACUCCACUUGCAGCACAAAGCCCCUUUGAUGUUCCUCCUCCUUGGCCCGUGUGACCCUCUAAUUAAAAGCGUUCAGUAGGAA